UCUGAUCUGUCUCCCACGGCCUCUGGGGAGAGGAGCACAGACCAGCCAGAGCGCAGCGCGCUCGAACCGCAUCCCUGAUCCACCUCCCACAGCCUCCAGGGGGAGGGGCACAGAACAGCCAGAGCACAGCACGCUCCAAUCACAUCCCUGAUCCACCUCCCAUGGCCCCGGGGGCAGAGAACAGCCAGAGCGCAGUGCACGCCAACCACAUCCCUGAUCCACCUCUCACGACCCUAGGGGGCAGAGAACAGCCAGAGCGCUGAGCCACAACCCCUCUGCUGAAAACAGGACCAGUGCAGGGCCCUUAUGCCAGCUACUCCCCAGCUAUAGGGAGGAAUCCCAGGGGGCAGUCUCCACCCCACAGAGUACAAAGGGGCCUUAGUACCCCAGAGGUGUGAGGGGGACUGCGCUUGAAUACAUGGGGAUGGGUGUGUUCUAAGAGCCCCCUGCAUCCUUGGAGUGGCUCUGCAGGGGGAGCGCCGAUGGAGGGCUGUAGGCAGAGGGGGGCAUGCAGCUCAAAGAUCCAACAGGGGAGCAGGCCAGCAGUUCUGGCCCAGAUGGAUCCUGGUCCUAGCUCCAGUCACUCCAGCCAGGUCCAGGGCUCUGGCAUGACAAGACAUCUGGGGCUCAGAUUCCCCACUGCCAGUGCUCUCUGUGACCCCAGGUUGCCCAGAGACCAUGGCGUGGAGCAGGCGGAAGGAGCAGGUGCAGGGGCCAAGUCUGGCCCUGCUGGGCAGCAGGAUCUGCAGCAGACCUGGGAAGAGCUGGAGUUGCUGAAGGAGAAGUUCAGCAGGCUGCAGGAGGACUAUUCCAACACCCAACGCACCAACCAGCUGCUGGAGGAGAAACUUCACCUCAUUGCUCAGAGCAUGGCAGCUGAGAAACAAACCCUGAACCAGCACAUUACUGAGCUGCUCGAGAGGCUUAUUAGUGCCCAGAACACCAUCUGCACGCUGGAGAGACUCAACAUCUCGAUGCUGCUGUCAGAAUCAGCGGGGAAGCACCGUCACAUGGAGAAGGCCAGUUCCGCCGACAGCCUCUACUCCCUGCACAUCUCUGACGUGGCGCCCCCUCCCGCCUUCAUGGACAGUGCCUCCGAUGCCCACACCACCACCCCCAGCCAGUCUGACUCGGCCACAGAGGCCAACAAGCCGGACUGCAGCUCUGAGUCAGACACAGCCAUGCCCAACGGAGACAGGACUCCGGUGCCCAACUACCACAGCCUCCCAUCCCCGGGGCAGCUGGAAAGCCACGGGAGAACCACGGCCUUCACGCCGUGGAAGCAGCAGUGCCCUGGAGAGCUGCUGGAGCACGUCAACUCGACAGAAAGUGAGUGCAGUGCGGAGGAAGGGGCCCAGGUCCAUGCCCUCCCCAUGCCACACUUCCUCUACCUGAGGCAGGAGGCGCUGGUGGCUCCCUCAGUGCCCACCGUGCCGCCCACUGAUGCCCUGCGCCCUCCGUCCCCGCAGGGCCUGCUGCUCGGUGGGCGGCUGGAGCUAGUGCCAGUGCCGGAGCUCAGCAGCACCGACAGCUCCGAUGGGGAUGAGGCCUGGAGCCAGGGCCUAGGGGAGAAGGAACCAGGGGUGUCUCUGGAUUACCAGUCAGCUCAGAAGAUCCUGGACAGCCUGCUGAGGCAGCACCAACACCUGGAGAAGGAGCCGGCGAAGGCGAGUGGAGGGGGCUAUCAGGACAGGAGCGAGAUGGGCCAGGCCAAGGGGCACCAGCGCCGGAUUCGCUACUACUGGGACUUCCAGAGUCCGGGCAAGGAGCAGCCCCUGCUGCACCAGCCCCAGCAUGGAGGGGGGUCCCUUCCCCGGGCCAAGGGCGAGAAGGUGUUGCAAAGGGAGCAGGAGUGUGGGGAUGGGGUGAUGGACUCCACACUGCUGUAAGGGGACCCAUAGGCAGAUGAGACCCCUGCCCCACAGCCACUUCACUGUCUACCUCCUGCUGCCCCCUACCACUUCACUGUCUACCCCCUCACCACGGCAAGGAGCCCAGGGGAUCAGGGGUGCCCCACUGAGCAUAGGGAACUGUAGUCUGGGUUUGCUACAGACUGCCUGGGGGACAGACAGAACCAGAGAGGGGGUGGGGGGGACACGUUGACCCAGAGAGAUCUGUGGGGAGAGGACAGACAGACAGGCCAGAGAAAUGAGAGGAAACAGCUAGAGAUAGAUACCCAGAGGGAUGGGUUGGGGGAUGGACAGACAGAACCAGAAAUGGUGGGGGAAGGGGAUGGGGAUAGACCCAAAUAGAAAGGAGGGGGACACAGACAGAGGAAAGUAGGGGGGAUCCCACAGUAGGGGGGCCAGAAGCAUCAAUCCUGGGCUGACCCCUCUAGCUCCACCCCACCCUGCUGCUCUCCCCACCAGCCCCACCUGUAUACAUUUGCAUUUACCUUGCUAACUGUGAUCUGAUCCGCCCCCACCUCCCCAAACCCCUGUACACAGGCGCCUGGACUGAGUCGCCAGCAUGACCCGACCCCUUUUAAUUAAAAUUUCAGACA